CCGGGGGAGUUUUGCUUCCGAGGUCACAGCGCGUGGCGCGUGCGGGUGACCCACGUUGCGGACAGGAGGGUGGAAAAGGGGGUAGUGACGCGAGUCUGGGGCGGGAGCGUGGAGUUCCCGGAGCGGAGGGUAGAACCCGGGAGGCAGGGAGAGGACUGGGCCUCAGCUCGUGACCUCUGGCUGUGGGCAGGGGCCCAGUGAGUGCUAGGAGCGGAGGGGAACGCCCGGCGUUGAGGUUCAGCCAGGAUGCGCAGGGCUGUAGAGAUGAGGGUGGCGAGGAGAGGCCGUGGAGGGGAGGUAGGGGUGAGGAGAUGAUCGAGAGAAGCCGUUUAGAUUGAGGGACCGGAGAGGUCCAAGAAGUGAGCUGGUGGAGAGAAGCUGAAAAGGCCCUAGAGAGGGGCGGAGACGUGAAAGGGUCGUGCGGAUGUGCAGAGAUGUAGAGUAGCAAGCCAAGGGAGUAAGGAAGGGUUUCGUAAGGGAGACAUUUGAGAAGAGAGAGAAGCCAACUCUAGUGAGUGCCCCCUGGAAGGUUCCUACGGUCUGGCCUAGUGAAGGGCACCAAACCAGAUACCAGAAGUUUUGGAGGAGGCAUCCCACCACUCCAUUAGGAAUGUGGCUCCUACUCCGAUGUGCGUAUCCCCUCCGGACCUUGCUGCCACUGCGAGGGGUGUGGGUGGGUCGGAGGGGCUUGCCCCGAAGCUUGGCUCCAGGCCCUCCUCGCAGAAGGUACAGGAAGGAAGCUCUCCCAGCCUUAGAGGUGCCAGUGUCGCCUGUGACUACAACUGAAAUCCGCCAGUACUUAAGGGCGCAUGGGAUCCCGUUCCAGGAUGGCCACAGCUGUCUUCGAGCACCAAGCCCCUUUGUUGAGUCCUCAGACAUCAAAAAUCAGAAGGAUUCUACCGCUUCCUUCUGCCUCUUCAUUGACAAGACCACAGGACACUUCCUCUGCAUGACUAGCCUAGCAGAAGGGAGCUGGGAAGACUUCCAGGCCAGUGUGGAGGGACGAGGGGAUGGGACCAAAGAGGGAGUCCUGCUUACUGUGGGCCCGGAAGCCGAGGACAGGGAGGAGGUCCUGAGAAUCUGGAACCGAUCUAUACCUCUCUGGGAGCUGCCUGACCCUGAGGAAGCCAGGCUGGCUCGAGUGAUGUUUGGCCUUACCAAGGUGACAGAUGAUACACUCAGGAGGUUCAGUGUCCGAUAUCUUCGAUCUACUCGAAGUUUGGUGUUCCCUUGGUUCACCCCUGGGAGCACAGGAAUACGUGGCCUGAAGCUACUAGGCGCUGAAGACCAGGGGAAUGGAGUGCAGUACGUGGAGACCACCAUCCCCCGACCUGGUGCCUACCACAACCUGUUUGGAUUACCACUGAUCAGCCGUCGAGAUGCUGAGGUGGUCCUGACAAGUCGUGAGCUGGACAGCUUGGCUUUGAGCCAGUCCAUAGGGCUGCCCACCCUUUCCCUGCCCCGAGGAACGGUCUGCUUACCCCCAGCUUUACUCCCGUACCUCGAACAGUUUCGUCGGAUUGUGUUCUGGUUAGGGGAUGACCUUCGGUCCUGGGAGGCCGCCAAACUGUUUGCCCGAAAACUCAACCCCAAGCGAUGUUCUUUGGUGAGGCCUGGUAACCAGCAGCCUCGUCCCCUGGAGGCCUUAAACCAAGGCUUAAGUCUUCCUCGUAUUCUUCGGACGGCCCUUCCUGCCUGGCACAAGUCUAUUGUGUCUUUCCGUCAGCUCCGUGAGGAGGUUCUAGGAGAGCUAUCAAAUGUGGAGCAAGCAGCUGGUGUCCGCUGGAGUCGCUUCCCAGACCUCAAUCGUCUGCUGAAGGGGCAUCGGAAGGGCGAGCUGACAGUCUUUACAGGUCCAACAGGCAGUGGAAAGACAACAUUCAUCAGUGAGUAUGCCCUGGAUUUAUGUACCCAGGGGGUGAACACACUUUGGGGUAGCUUUGAGAUCAGUAACGUGAGACUAGCCCGGGUCAUGCUGACUCAGUUUGCUGUGACACGUCUGGAGGAGCAGCUGGACAAGUACGAAGAGUGGGCAGACCGCUUUGAGGACCUGCCUCUCUAUUUCAUGACUUUCCAUGGACAGCAGAGCAUCAGGUCUGUAAUAGACACAAUGCAGCAUGCUGUCUACGUCUAUGACGUUUGCCAUGUGGUCAUCGACAACCUGCAGUUCAUGAUGGGUCAUGAGCAGUUCUCCACCGACAGGAUUGCAGCUCAAGACUACAUCGUUGGAGCCUUUCGGAAGUUCGCCACAGACAAUAGCUGCCACGUGACCCUGGUUAUUCACCCACGGAAGGAGGAUGAUGACAAGGAACUGCAGACAGCAUCCAUAUUUGGCUCAGCCAAAGCAAGCCAAGAAGCAGACAACGUUCUGAUCCUUCAGGAUAGGAAGCUGGUGACUGGGCCCGGAAAACGGUACCUGCAGGUGUCCAAGAACCGCUUUGAUGGAGAUGUAGGUGUCUUCCCACUUGAGUUCAACAAGAGUUCCCUUACCUUCUCCAUCCCACCGAAGAGCAAAGCCCGACUCAAGAAGAUCAAGGAUGACAAUGGACUAGUGGCCAAAAAGUCCUCUUCUGGCAAAAGAGGUGCAGGGCACCAGAACUCUGAGACUUGCUCAGGCCAGGAUGCCAGUCCCCACCAGCCAGAGUCCUCCAAGUCCUCCAGGUGAAAGCAGUGCUUAGCUGCUUGCUCCAGUGAGCCCGAUGGACCAGGCUAACACAGACGCCUGGCCGUCCGCUGGGGCUCCUCUUCCGUAUAGUCCUGGGCUGGGUUCCAGGGUGAGGAAAUUUCACUCAGCAGCCACUGAGGACCGCCUGUAUGUAUGCUGGGUUUUCAUUUAUAUAUAUCACUGAAAAGACAAGAUCUGUUUCCAAAGAACCAGCAUUUUGGUGAAAGGAAUAAGUCAAAGUGAAGAAUGUUAGACUGCUCACAGACUGGUUUUCAUUAAGCAGUCUAAAAAGGUGUAUGAGCAGAGUGCAUGUGAGAACCAGGAGGGGGCCUUGUGAACCUCUGGGAAAGGGGUCCUGGCAGAGAGGCGGACUAAAAGCUGAGGUGGGAAUGAGCAGGUCAGACAGGCCAGGCCCCUGAGCCUGUCAUAGAACAAGAGGCUUCUUGCUGAAACUCCAGCAUUUCGGCAUUCAGAGACAAAGUGAUGCACUGGGCACUAAGCCUCUCUGCUCUCUGCUUUGUAGAGUUAGGCAUAAGGUAGCUGUCCCUGUUGGAAUCGAUCCUCGGUGCUUAUCCCUGUACUCUCAGGGCCUCAAAGAUGGGAACCUCCUCCCCCAGAUUGCAUCGCCAUAGAACCCUGGAGAGCAGCUGUGUGCCCACAGUGCCUGCCCGCUGGAUACUGACUCCAUUGUAUGCUGCCUCUGACAGCUGGAGCUGGGACUCUCAGAGCCCUCCAGUUGGAAUGAAACAUUUUAGUGGCCUUUG